GCUGAUCUGGCCCGUUUCGCGUGUUUUCUUUUCUUUUUACCGUUUUCGUUCUUUUACUCUCACCCCGCCAGCAAGUCCGGACGUAUUGUUUUCCGCACACGUCGAACGCCGCGGUAUCGUAUUAUCGCAACCGAUCGCCGUGCACGGUCUAUUAAUAUCGCCAGUCUAAUAUAAAUCGAUUAUCGUGUCCAUCCGCCGUCGUCGCCCGUACGACUCUUCUUCAGCCACUGUCUGUCCGUCGUAUUAUAAUCUCGUCACCGCCAUGUCCACCACCGUCGUCAACAACGUGCUCGCGAGCUGUCGGCGCUGCUAGAAACCCGCUCACACGACACCCGAUCGCUCGCUUCACGGUAACACCGUAUCGCCGCCGCCGCCGCCGCCGCCGUCGUUGUCGAAUCACGUGACAGCGCACACAGCCGUGACGCACCGCAAUCCUGGCCGCCGCCGUUUUGCGAACCAUCUUCAUUUAACAAUAUUAUCGUACAACUAUCGCCGCCAUCAGCCCAGCCACGAUGACGAACCAGCCGCCCGGUGCCGUGUCCCCCGCAAAGGAGCCCGUCAGGGUCUUCGAGGGAGUCGUCAAACAGGUGAAUUCUGGUGAUUCCAUCACUAUCCGCGAGGAAGUGUAUAAUGGUUAUCCAAAAGAAAAACAAAUAACACUGAACAACAUCAUUGCUCCCAAAUUGGGCCGUCGUGCAGCAAAUAAUGAUCCAACAUCCAAAGGUACUGAUGAUGAGCCGUUUGCAUGGGAAGCUCGUGAGUUCCUUCGUAAAAAGCUUGUUGGAAAAAAAGUGUUUUUCAAAACUGCUGGACAAGUAUCUGGUGGUGGAAAGACAACUCGAUACUAUGGUGACAUCUUUUACCCAACAUUGGAACACAAUAUUGUUAACGAGCUUGUUGAAAAUGGACUAGUAACUGUUAAAAAUGUGAAGUCAAAUAAUCCAACUCCUGAUGUCCAAGCCCUAGUUGAUCUGCAGAACAAGGCUAAAGCUGCUAAGGCUGGAAAAUGGGAUCCUAAUGCAAAGAAUACUACAAAGAAAAAUAUUUCCAUUGACGAUGUUGAAGCAUUUUUAAAGAAAAAUUCUAAAAAACGUAUCAAGGCUGUUGUUGAAUCUGUUAUUGACGGAUCCACCAUCAAACUGUUACUUUUGCCUGAAGGAAACAUGAUCACUCUGUACCUUUCAGGAAUCAAGUGUCCACCAGAAAGUGUAGAAUUCGGGGAUGAAGCAAAAUUCUUUGUUGAAGUUCGUUUACUGCAAAAAGACGUUGAAGUUACUUUGGAAGGAGUUCUUUCUAACAAUAAAACUCCAUCUUUCUUUGGAACUAUCCAUCAUCCGGCUGGUGAAAUUGCUGUUGAAUUGGUUAAACAAGGUUUUGCUACUUGUCAAAAUCGUAGUAUGAAAUACUUAGAAGGAAGUGCUGAUAAAUUAAGGGCAGCAGAAAGACAAGCCAAGGAAAAGAAAUUAAGGAAAUGGCAAUCGUACACACACACAGGGCCAGAGAUUGCUGAAAAAGAAAUUGUUGGAACUGUUAUUGAAAUUGUAAGAGAAGAAGCUUUGUUACUUAAGACUUCCCACAACGAAAAGCCCAAAAAAAUAUUCUUGUCAAACAUCAAACCAGCCAGACUAGGAGUUGAAGUACCGAGAGGUGAACCACUUGGCGAUGAUCAACCACCUGCUCCACGAGCCCCACGGACCUUAGCUAAACACUUUUACGAGAUCCCUUGGGCUUAUGAAGCACGAGAGUUCUUAAGGACACGUUGUAUUGGAAAGAAAGUAAAUGCUUCUGUAGAUUACAUACAACCCAAAUCAGACAAAUUUGAAGAGAAAAUAUGCGCCACUGUUACGAUUAAUGGAAUAAACCUUGCUGAAGAAUUAGUUAAAGAAGGUUUGGCAACUGUUAUGAACAACCCACGAGACGACCAAAUGUCCCAGUGCUUUGAUGACUUAAAGAAGGCAGAAGAAAUCGCCAAACAAUCUCACAAAGGGCUUUACUCAAAAUCGUCUCCCCCUAAACAACGUAUCACCGAUUGUUCUAGUGCUGCGGAGUCUGCUCGUGCCAAGGCUCUUUUACCUAGUCUCCAACGUUUUCCAAGGUUUGAAGCUUUGGUCGAGUACGUUGCCAGUGGUUCUAGAAUGCGUCUUUACGUUCGAAGGGAGUACUCACUUAUUACUUUCCUUUUGGCUGGUAUUACUUGCCCGAGCGGUGAACGACCAAACCAAGGUGAAGCACCUUCAGCAGCUGAAGCAUACCAUCAAGAAGCAUUAGCUUUUACGAAAGAAAAGAUAAUGCACCGUGAAGUAGAAAUUACUGUAGAAUCCUGUAACAAGGGUGGAAGCAUGAUUGGAUGGUUGUUUGUGGGAAAUAUCAAUCUUUCUUUGGCACUUGUAAAAGAAGGACUUGCCAAAGUGCACAGGUCUGCUGAGCGUUCAGAGUACUUCAAGCAAUUACAACAGGCUGAAAAAGAAGCUAAGGACAAAAAAAUUAAUCUAUGGAAGAAUUAUGUGGAGGAACCAGAAGAGGCAAACAAUAACACUAGCAAACCUGUUCAUGAAGAUGUGGUAAAGGAACGAAAAACCAACUAUGUUGAAGUACUUGUAUCGGAAGUCAGUCCUGAAUUGCAUGUUUACGUACAACCUGUAUCUGAAGGACCCAAAUUAGAAAAUCUUACCGACAACUUGAGGAAACACUUUGAUGCUAACCCUCCUACUGCUGGUUCUUACAGUCCAAAACGAGGAGAAAUCUGUGCAGCUAAGUUUAAGGAAGAUCAACAGUGGUACCGCGCCAGAGUAGAAAAGGUUGCUGGCCCGAGUAUACAUGUUUUGUAUAUUGAUUAUGGUAACAGGGACAUAGUGACUGCUGAGGAGUGUGCUAAUUUACCACCGACUUUUAAAAAUGAUCGACCAUAUGCCAAAGAAUAUGGAUUUGCACUUGUGAAGCUUCCAAAGUUGCCUGAAUAUCAAGAAGAUUCCAUUGCUGUUGUACGUGAUGAGUUCAUUAACAAGACGAUCAACAUCAAUGAAGAGUACACUUACGACAAUCUUACUCACAUUACUGUGAAAGACUCCGACAAAAAAGAGGAUCUCGUCAAGAAAUUGGUCGAAGAAGGAUUCUUGUUGGUUGAAAAACGUCGUGAAAGAUAUUUGCAAAAAUUGUUGACAGAGUACAUCGAGGCUCAAGAAAAGGCUAAGAAGGAUCGGUUACAUAUGUGGGAAUAUGGUGACAUCACAGAAGAUGACGCUAAAGAAUUUGGUUAUGCUAAAUAAAUGGUCUUUCUUUAUCUCCAGAAGACUCAAUAUCCACUGGUCAGGCCUUUUACAACUGUACAAAAAGGUGUUUUACAAAUUAAUUAGUCAGCCAUAUUAAUAUCUAAUUUUACAUUCAUUAAUCUAAAAGUUUGAUAGAUAAUAAUUAUUUAUAAAUUGAUUAUAUUUUAUAUGAAUAAUGUUUUAUUUUAUUCAUCUCGUUUUUUUGGUUGUUAACAAAUUAAAGAUUUUAAAAUUUUCGUACCAUUUAAUACUUGUAAAAUUGUACUGAAACAAUUGUUUCUAUCUAUUUAAAAAAAAAAAUAUGUAUCAAUUCAUUGUAAUAGUUAAAAUAUUUUCAGUUUCACAAAUUGUAAUCACUUUUAUGCCACAAUUCCGGGAUUAGUAUUAUAUAAUAAGUGUACAAUUUGAAAUAAAAAAUUGUAUCAGACAUGUGGGAUAAGAUUGUCAAGAAUUAAAAAAAAAAAAACUAAGUAUAGUUAUGUUUGUAACUAAAUGAUUUGUUUAAUUAUAGGAUUUUGGGAACUACUAAAAUACGUUGUACAUAUAAAAUUUUAAAUUGGCGUGAUUAUAUGGACGUUAUGAACUCUUUAAAGAGUUAACUUGUAUUUUAAAAAUAAUGUAAAAAUGUUUUAUUAUUACUUAAAGCUUUGCUGAUACUUAAUCUAAACCUUAAAUCUUUUGUAAAACACUAUUAUGUCUGAUGUGUAGUGUAAAGACUGUUCAGAUGGAUUAUAUUAUCGAUUUACA